GAAUGUUAACUCCAGUGUAAAAGUGUCUAUAUGACAGGAGAGUAGGAAAGCUCCAUAACAGAGCUGCAGGAUGACGUUUAUAACUGACUCUCUGUCUAGGGCCGAUGUGUUACUGUGCCUGACAGCCUGCAUUGCAUUCCUCAUCUACUGGAUCAAUGGCUCUAAGAAGAGAAAUAUGCCUCCUGGACCUACCCCUCUCCCCCUCAUUGGGAACCUCCACUCGAUGGACAUGAAUAGACCCUACAAGUCACUGAUGGAGCUUUCUGAGAAAUAUGGAGAAGUCUUUACUGUACAGUUUGGACCCAAGAAGGUGGUGAUAAUUGCUGGAUACAAAGCGGUGAAGGACGCUCUCAUCACCCAAGCUGAUGAUUUCGGACAUAGGGCGGAAAUACCGAUCAUGACACUGCUCACAAAAGGAAACGGUUUAUUAUUUAGUCAUGGAGAGUUAUGGAAAUCUAUGAAGAGGUUCACACUAUCAGCACUGCGAGACUUUGGGAUGGGGAAGAAAACUAUUGAAGUGAAAAUUCAAGAAGAAUUAACCCCUCUCAUAGAAGACAUCAAAUCUCACAAUGGGAAACCAUUCGAUAGCAAAGUCAUACUGACCAACGCAAUGGCCAAUGUAAUCUGCUCUAUUAUUUUUGGGAAAAGGUAUGAGUAUGAUGACCAAAAAUUUCAAAGACUGAGCAGAUUGAUGGAAGAAAACAGCAGACUGGUUGGAGCACCCUCUUUAUUCCUGUAUAAUUCCUUCCCCUUCAUUGGAAAUCUUCUUGGUAUGCAUAAGAAAAUAGUGAAGAACACGGAAGAUCAAAUUGAUUGUGCUUCAGAGUGUAUCAAUAAUCAACUACUCGAGUUUGAUGAAAAUGACAUCACCGGAUUUGUUGAUGCCUAUCAUGUGAAGCAAAAACAGGACUCAACAAAGGCCGACACAUAUUUCAACGAAGAAAACUUGGUCUUCUCAGCUUUGGAUCUCUUUUCAGGUGGAACUGAAACCAUAUCUACAACGCUACGCUGGUCCCUUUUAUUGAUGGCAAAGUAUCCAGAAAUUCAAAAAAGGGUGCAGGAGGAAAUCAGAACACAUAUUAAACUUGGACAGAUACCAACGGUAGAAAAUAGAAGGAAUAUGCCUUAUACUGAUGCAGUGAUACAUGAAGUACAGAGAUUCGCUAAUAUCAUUCCCCUGAAUUUGAGUCACGCAACUGAAAAUGAUGUGUAUUUCCGAGGUUACUGCAUCCCAAAGGGAACAGAGGUCAUUCCAUUCCUCACAUCAGUUCUGUAUGACAAGUCUCAAUGGGAAACUCCAUAUAAAUUUAACCCAAACCACUUUCUGGAUGCAAAUGGAAAGUUUCAGCGACCAGAGGCAUUUAUGCCUUUCUCUGCAGGAAGAAGAGCUUGCGUUGGAGAAAGCUUGGCCAAGAUGGAACUUUUCCUGUUUUUUACUGGACUUCUGCAAGCAUUUACUUUCCACCCACCAGCUGGAGUCUCCAGGGAAGAUAUAAGUCUUGAGCCUGCCAUUGGAUUCGUAUUAGUCCCUAAACCACAUCUGAUAUGUGCAAAACUCAACAACUAGUGUGCUGCCACCACAAAUACCCAGUAACAACACAGAUGUUGCGUUUGAUUAAUUUUGGCUGAUUACAGAUUUAAUUAUCACCUUUUAUGUGUUCUCAUAUUAUAGUCAAAGACAGCAAAGCUCAGGUACUCACGCUACCAACACAACAGACCAUAGAACUGUUCCAGAACACAAGUUUGUAAUACACAGUUUGUAAUACACAGCACCAUUCAAAUGGUCAACACUGUCUUGUACUAUUAUGGUGGGUACACACUGAUCGAUAUAUCUGCAGAUCAAUUGAUCUGCAGAUAUAUCUAUGGACAGAUCGGGCAGUGUGCUGUGCAUACACUCACGCUCGCUCAGUUCAGCUGUCAAUCACCGCCGGCUGCCGCAGCAUGUGUACGGGCAACCGGUUGAUUGCCCGUAUACACACAGCGAUGUGACCAUAUAUCGGUAGAUAUAUUGGCUGUCGGCUGUGCUGUGGGGCCGACGCAAUAUGUCUGUGAACAACGGAGUUCACAGACAUAUCGCCCGUACACACUGGCCGACGGACCCGCAAUAUAUCGUCCGUUCCAUAUAUCGGCCAGUGUGUACCCACCUUUACUUUCCUAAAUACACACAGUAAAUGGUGGAUAACCCAGCUCUGUAGUAGCAUGACGGAAACACUUACUGAAUUACGCAGAAAGAAUCACCAUUAUCUUCAGAUACAGAUGAGAUUCUGGAAUUGUGGGGUUGGGUGACCACAAUACUCCUCGUUUAGGUUCCCCCCAAGACAGCAUUAUCGGUCAGGCACUGCAUGAGGUGGUGGGGCCACUGUAGAUCAUUUCAUUCUCUAUGCAGUACAUGUGUGAUGCUUCAGUGGUAGAAAAUAUCUGAUAUGACAUAAGAGGUUGUUCAAAAAUGUAUCCUCCAAAUUGCUAAAUAAAUUUUUCUGUUACUGUACUUGAAAAA